UGCGCACUGGCUGCCGGUUCGCGCGAACCCGGUUUCCGCCGCAGGGCGGUGUUGUUGGCUCCCGCAAAAUCCUGUUUUCCCGAGCGGCCGCUGCAUCCCCUUCCCGCCAGACCCCCGCGGCCUCGCGCGAGGACUAGGUUUCGGAGCUGCGGGGCAGGAGCCGGCGUCUCUUCCCUGCGCUCGCGCGGAGGCUGUGCCGCUGCGGGCCGGGCCCCAGGGCGCCCGCCAUGGCCGGGCAGCGGGUGGAGGUGGACGGCGGGAUCAUGGAAGGGGGCGGCCAGAUCCUGAGGGUCUCCACAGCCCUGAGCUGCCUCUUGGGCCUCCCCGUGCGCGUGCAGAAGAUCCGAGCCGGCCGCAGCACGCCUGGCCUGAGGCCUCAACACUUAUCUGGACUGGAAAUGAUUCGAGAUUUAUGUGAUGGGCAACUGGAGGGGGCAGAAAUCGGCUCAACAGAAAUCAGGUUUACACCAGAGAAGAUCAAAGGUGGAAUUCACACAGCAGAUACCAAGACUGCAGGGAGCGUGUGCCUCCUGAUGCAGGUCUCGAUGCCCUGUGUUCUCUUUGCUGCUUUUCCAUCAGAGCUUCGUUUGAAAGGCGGAACGAACGCUGAAAUGGCACCACAGAUCGAUUACACAGAAAUGGUUUUCAAGCCAAUUGUUGAAAAAUUUGGUUUCAGAUUUAAUUGUGACAUUAAAAUGAGGGGCUACUACCCAAAAGGGGGUGGUGAAGUGAUCGUCCGAAUGUCACCAGUUAAACAAUUGAACCCAAUAAAUUUAACUGACCGUGGCUCUGUGACUAAGAUAUAUGGAAGAGCUUUUGUUGCUGGUGUUUUGCCGUUUAAAGUAGCAAAAGAAAUGGCGUCGGCAGCUGUCAGGUGCAUCAGAAAGGAGAUUAGGGAUCUAUAUGUUAACAUCCAGCCUGUCCAGGAACCUAAAGACCAAGCUUUUGGCAGUGGAAAUGGAAUAAUCAUUAUUGCUGAGACAUCCACUGGCUGUUUGUUGGCUGGAUCAUCGCUUGGUAAACGAGGUGUAAAUGCAGACAAGGUUGGAAUUGAAGCUGCUGAAAUGCUAUUAGCCAAUCUUAGACAUGGUGGUGCUGUGGAUGAGUAUCUGCAAGACCAGCUGAUCAUUUUCAUGGCAUUAGCCAAUGGAGUUUCCAGAAUAAAAACAGGACCAGUUACACUCCAUACACAAACAGCAAUACAUUUUGCAGAACAACUAGCAAAGGCUCAAUUUACUGUGAAGAAAUCAGAAAAUGAAGAUGAUGCCUCUAAAGACACAUAUAUUAUCGAGUGCCAAGGAAUUGGGAUGACAAAUCCACACCUGUAGUGUAUUUACCUUUUAAAUGAUACCUCAGCGAUGUAUUGCACUAAUUCAUUUCAUAAAUACUACAAAACAGCAAAUAAGAAGUAACUUAUUAAAAGACCCAACUUAAAUUUGGAGAUGAAGUAGAGUGUUCUAGAUUUACUAUGCAUGCUUCAUCAAUUUAAUCUCACUUAGAAUAUCUCCCAAGGUAUGACAAAUGAAAUAGAAGAUUUGGUGGUUAUGUCUAAUAGCUGACUUCAGUAUUAAAGUAUUGAUAUAAAAUA